GGGCGGCCGGGGCUCCUCGGCCCCGGGGAGGGGGGCACCCGCCCGCCCGCCCGGCGCCGCACCCGGCUCCGCACCCGGCACAAGGAUUUACGGCACGGACUGCAGCCUCCGGAGCGGCCAGGGAGGAAUGGAGGGAUGCGUGUACAGCUGGCAGCAACAGGACACCAGCACAGCCCUGUGGGGAUAGGCGUGAAGGUGAUUCCCUGUGAGGACACAGCAGGAGCCCCCCAGACACUGGAGGAACGUGGGAUCUCACUGGGAGCAGGGAGAGCUCCCCUUCUGUGCCAUCAGCUGCUGUGUUUCCAGGGACCUAUAGCAGCAUUUGGGGCGUGGAGUCUGGAGGCGUGUUAGUGCCAUAGGAUUGCUGGAGAGCCUGGCAGUGAUGGGCGACCCACCACAGAGGAGGGACAUUCCUCCGGGAGGCCCCGCACACCUGUGAGCCCUGGCUGCUGCUGGCGGAGGGUGCCUGGGGCUGGGCUGCUCAGCCAGCCCUGGGCUGGGGGCAGAGCCACGGUGCCUGCAGGGCACAGCCGCUGAGGGGCGAAGGGCUGGCCUGGGGUCUGCAGGGGCAGCCCCGAGCCUUGGGACAGCGGGGCUGCCAGCCGAGCCGCUGCUGCUCCAGGCUCCUCUCCCUGGGGCGGCGGCGGGGGACAGGGCGGCGCUGGGCCCCUGGGCUGGCCACGGCUGUGCCCCCGCGCCGCGCCGGCGGCACCGCUCCCCUAGCGCCGGAGCCGAGGCACGCAGGGCCGCCCGCCUCGCCAUGGUGCUGCCGCCACCCGACAAGCGCCACGUCUGCCUGACCACCAUCGUCAUCAUGACCAGCAUGGCCUUCAUGGAUGCCUACCUGGUGGAGCAGAACCAGGGGCCCCGCAAGAUCGGCGUCUGCAUCAUCGUGCUGGUGGGGGACAUCUGCUUCCUCAUCGUGCUGCGCUAUGUGGCCGUGUGGGUGGGCGCCGAGGUAAAGACGGCCAAGCGGGGCUACGCCAUGAUCCUGUGGUUCCUCUACAUCUUCGUGCUGGAGAUCAAGCUGUAUUUCAUCUUUCAGAAUUACAAAGCGGACAAGAAGAACCUGGAGACGGUGGCCAGGAAAGCUCUGACCCUGCUGCUCUCCAUCUGUGUGCCGGGGCUCUACCUGGUGCUGGUGGCCUUGGACAGCAUGGAGUACAUACGGACCUUUCGGAAGAAAGAGGACUUGCGGGGACGCCUCUUCUGGGUGGCCCUCGACCUGCUGGAUAUCUUGGACAUCCAGGCCAACCUGUGGGAGCCGCACAGGACCGGUCUGCCCAUCUGGGCAGAGGGGCUUAUGUUCUUCUACUGCUACAUACUCCUCCUGAUCCUGCCUUGCGUGUCCCUCAGUGAGAUCAGCAUGCAAGGGGAGCACAUUGCCCCGCAAAAAAUGAUGCUCUACCCCGUCCUCAGCCUGGUCACCAUCAACAUCGUCACCAUCUUCAUCCGGGCCAUCAACAUGAUCUUAUUCCAGGACAGCAGGGUCUCCACCAUCUUCAUCGGCAAGAACAUCAUUGCCAUCGCCACCAAGGCGUGCACCUUCCUGGAGUACAAGCGGCAGGUGAAGGAGUUCCCGCAGAAUGCCAUCGCCCUGGAGCUCCAGCAGAACUCCCUCUCGCACAACCAGACCAUCCACAGCACCCAGGGCAUCCCCCACGAGCCGUCGCCCACCAGCGAGGUCCUGGACACAUGAGGAGUCCCCCAGCCCAGCGUUGGUUCAGACGGCCCCGUGCCGAGCAGAAGAGGGGUGAUGCUGCUUUCCUGCUGCCCGGUGCAAGCGUGACAGACAACUCCCGGCAGUGAGGGCUCUUCUAGGCACAGAAACACCCACCGCGUUCCAAUUGAGCUAUGGAGUGUCCUCUAGACGUCUUCAUCUCAGGUAUAACCCAAGGAGUCCUCCAGACAAACCAAAUGGAUUUGCAAAGGACCUGAACCAGCUGACCCUCUCUGCCCCUCCUGCCACCACCUCCUCUCCCGAGCAAAGACCGCUAAGGUUGCAAUGUCCCUUUUUACUCCCUGACCACCUCACCUUUACUCCAAGCCUGGAUCGAAGAUUUUGUUACUGGAGAACCUUUUUACGGAGUGGGGACAAGGGCAUAGGGGUACAGAUUUGGGGGGGGAGGGUGGGACGUUUGAAGCAGUAAACCCUGUGGUCGUAGAUGUCUCUUAUCUCCGAUGGUUGUGUUUACAGUUUCCUAUUUAUGUCAGCUCCAGGGGCUCUGGGGCUGCCCUGUGGGUCAGUGUCCUCGUGGUGGGCGAGAGCGGGGAGCCCUGCAGUGUGGAGCAGGGCUGGAGCCGGCGUGACUACCCCAGCCUGGGCUGAGGGGGGCUGAGCCUCCACCAGCGCCCUGCGCCGACUCCGCCGGGAGCAAUAUCUGAUGAGCUAAAGCUAAUCUAAUGCUGGUGUUUCAUGUAUUUCAUUCACUCCAAACGACUCAGCACAAUAUUUCUAUUUUUAGAAGGGUCCCUCUCUCUCUCUCUCUCUCUCCCUCCCUGCCAUGGAGAGCCUCCCUGCUGCAGCAGCCUGAGCAGCCUCCCCAGCCCCCGGCACAGCUGCUGGCAGGCACGGGCACCCAGGAGGGAUUAGGAACAAGGAUGACAAAGAUGCAUUUCACUCUGGCAUCAAGGGUUUAUAAAGAGGGCUGCUUUCCACAGCUACUAUAUUUUUAAAAUAAAUAUUAAAAAAAAGAAGAAGAAAAAUACAAAAAACAAUCAACAAAAACGACCCGGGAAGAAUGUGCUGGCCCAGGCAGGUGGCUGGGAUGGGGCUGGGCUGAACUGGGGAGCAUGUGCUGCCCUGGGCAGGUGGCUGGGCUUGGGGGUGAGCUGGGCUGGGGUCUCCUCUGCAGGCAUGGGGGGUGAUGUGGGGCUCUGACACGGGCAGCAGGGUGGGAGGCGAGGGCCAGCCAGACAAUAAAAGCCCCAUGAGAGCAAUGGCUUCUGGUGGUCUCUUUUCUGCCAGUGUGGGGAGGGUGGGGCUCAGCUCUCAUACAGCUCAGAUCACUUGUCUUCUCUUCUGUCCACCUCCCCUGGACUGCCAAGUGCCAUCCCAAGGUUCUGUGCCCUGCACUCACUAAGCAGGGGGCCCAGAAAGGAAACAAAUAAUUUUUCCAGCUGCAACGGUGCCCCAGGGCUGGGUGCAUCUCAGCUGCAUGACCCUGGGGGGAGGCACAAGGAGACAAGCAGAAAAUCUGCCUCUCAAACACGCUGAAAUGGGAUAUUUUUGCUUUUUCUAAACAAAAUGUUGCAUUUUGAUGAGAUGGAAUAAAAUGCCUGGUGCUGUUUACAUUUCUCUUCCACACUUUCCCCUGGCUCUGCUUACCGAAUUUGACCUAAAUCCACAAAUCAUUUCAGUUUCCAUCUUCUCAGCCCAUCACAGUCUGUCCAAAACAUUUCAACCAUCCCUGAUCCAGACUUCCAAUUUUAGGACCAGGCAAUUGCAGUCUUGCUUGGCCACCCUGUCACCCAGGGAUAACUCUAAUGUUAAUUAAAUCCACUGAGAAAUAAAACAGUAUCUUUGCCAACAAAAGUGAGUUUGCAACAGAUUUAGCCAACUGGAAAAGUUUCUUCCCCCUUUCCCCCAGGAAACAUGAGAGGAAGUGGGCAGGUGAUUGAAAAGGUAUUAGCAGAAAUUCAUUAAAUUGCUAAAUUAUUCUGGAAUACCUAUGGAAUUACAUAUUACAUCUCUGCUGGUGCUUUUAAAAUACAUGUGAUUAGCAUCAGUGCAAUUAACUCCCAAGUAUCUAAUAACAUUCUGCUGCUCUUUUAGGUAAUUAAUUUAUGAGCCCUUGUUUUAUAGUUCUUCCCCAGAACUGAGCAGAGGAAAACCUUCAGGGAAACCUCUGGAAUGGUGCUGUGAACCCUGGGGGCUGGGACGUGCCAGCUGAGGCAGUGCCUGGCAUCAGACUGAGCCCUGAUGCAGAGAUCUGUGAUCCCAGGGAUAGAAUCAGUGACCUGGUGGGUUACUCUGAUGGAUUGGGUGUAUUUUUGUUCUGUUUCACCCCAAUAACUAGCUCUGCAUCCUUGCCUUAUACUGGAACACAUUAAUAUUCCCUUGAGCCUGAUCUGUUGCUAAGGUUGCUUGGGGGUGUCUGGCUGUGCUCCCUGAAGGCAGCCUGCAUGGGAAAGGAAUGUUGCUUUAUCCUCCUGGUCCUGUAACUUCCAAGAAGGUUUAGGAGCCCCCACAAGUUUUUCUUGAGCUUGCAAGACCCUGCUUUCUACUGCUGACAUGAGGUUUUUGUCUUUAUGAUGUGGGGUGUCCCUGUGGAAGGGCUGCAUUAGGAGCUGGAGCAGGAGCAGAGGUCCUGGAGGUGAUGUUCACCUGGGAUGCAGUGCACCACAUCAUUCCCAAAUAGCCACAGGUGCUUCGUUCUGGUGAAGGGAGGGAGAAGAGGCUUUUCUCAUCUUCUGCUGUUCAUGAUCCCCAGGGCUCUGUGUGCAUCAUGUAUUGCCUCAGCAACACAGCCCUUUCUCUUCAAAGCCACCUUGGAGGCAAGGAAUGAUGAGCUGGCCCCUCCUCAGCAGCUGGGGAGGAAGGCUGGGGAGCAGGGAGAGGUGAGCUGGUAGGGAAAAAAGGAUGUCUGCAAGCAGAGGGGGCAGCCAGAGCAGUCACAAAGCCCUUGGGGCAUGCAGACAGCACAGCACGGGCAGCCCUGCAGCUGUUCCUGCCCGCUGCUUGGUGAGGGUGAUGCCUCCUCCCCAAAAUCCCACCCUGCCAGCACAGGCAGGACCCCCGGGGGCCACAGGACUAGCAGGAGGGAUGGCACGGUGGCUGGGCAGGGUGGCUGGCUCCCAGCCUGGCUGGUUGUUAGGGGAAGGUGAUAUUUUGCUCUGGGCAAUGAGAACUAAAGGAAACAAUUAAAACUAAAUAGGCUGGAACCGAGCAAUUUUUCAGCUUUCCACUGAGAAGAAAAAGAGCUCCUUUGUGAACAGUGAAAUCCUCCUGGCAAGCUGUAGAAUCCCACCUGAUGAAGCAAAAGUUGCACAAUUAAACUGCAGCAGGGAUGCAAAUUCCCUGUGCUCCAGUGGAAAAUCCGUGGGGGUGGUGUCCCUUGCUGCCAUCAGAACCAGGCCAUGGGCACAAGGCAGCCCAUGCCCUUGGCAGGGAAGGCUCAUGGUGCUUUGGGGACCCAGUUGGUGCUGUCCUAUCUAUUACCAACCCACUGGUCCAUGCUGAGGCUACGCCUCCUUCCAAGGGAGGAAGCCCUGGAGGAGCCAGGUUCCCCCUGUAGCUUGCAGGGCGCACCAGAGUCAUGGCAGUCUCUGGAGAUGCAGAACCUGAGCCCCUUGGAGCCCCUGGUCCCAGGGGCCAGCAAACUGCCCCAGCCCUGCAUGGGCACAGAGGAUCUGAUGUCACCUGCUGGCCAGUGGCCAAGGGCUGGGCCAUACCCACUCAUGUCCCAGGCAUUGGGGGACUGCAAAACAGGAGCUCCCAAACGGAGCAGAGCAAACCAUGCAGGCUGUGUGAAUGCAUCAAACCCAGACAAACCCACCUGGGUCCUGUCCCCUGUCCAAAAUUUGGGUGAAGUGGCAGCAACGAGCUUGAACUGUUGCAUGCUUGACACUGCCUGUGAAAAGAACCUGGACCCAGCUCCUGUGCCCCAACAGCCCCAUGGUACCUGCAGUACCUCCUCGCUGCCUUGGGCUGAACCACAUGUUUGUACCCUCCUGGGAGCUCACUUCCAGCCCACGGCAGCACCUGCCUCUUGCUGCUGCCUUUAGCUGUGUGUUCAGAGGGUGCUGAGGGGGCCUCAAGCUGUAGCUUUUCUUUCCCAGGGUGCUGGCAGCUCUCACACAUCCUGCUUGUCCUCCCCUCCUUUUGGCAGGUGAAAAUCUCUAAUGCUGCAGUCUCUGUGCAGGACUGGAGAAGGGUUCAGGCACUGAGCUGAAAGCACCCCACAGUUCUGCCGUCAGACUCUCCAUGUGAGAGUGGCUCUGGUGACUUUGCCUGGCCCAGAAGGGCUCGGGAGGAUUUGGGAGAAGAAAUCACCCACUAGGGCCAUGCAGCACGAGGAUGGACUCUGCAGUGCCACCCGGUGCAGCUCCAUGCACUGUCACCUGCAACCACGCAUAAAUAAGGGAUUCUUCUCCUUUGGAUCUGUUUGGGUUGAUUUGAUGAGCAGAGACAGACUGAACUUUUAUGCCAAUAACUGUUUCCCUCCCACCUGCCCCAGAUUUGCUUCACUUUUUUAGCUCAGGCCAAUGCUGCAACAGAAAACACAGGGCAGGUGUCCAGACCACCUUGGCAGCAAUUCCCAUCCUCCUAAAUUCCUCCUGCGCAGGAACUGUAGCGAAAGUUUGAGUUUCACACCAAUUUAAUCCUAGCUGAAUGCCCUGAAUUCUUCAGUUGUGUCUGGUUUUUGGGUCUGGCAUCCUUGAAGAACAAUAUCCAUUUAAAUUGCUGAUUUGGGCUUGCUCAUUUAAUUUCAUCUUAAUAAAGAUUUUAUGUGGUUUUGACA